UAAAUGAUUCUACCUGUUCAACGUUUUGUUAGAUAAAAGUGUUACCUCGAAGCUCGAACCGGAAAGUUUUGCAAUGGCAACAAGUUCCUAUUUUGCUUUUCUUACCGCACUAAGUGUGUUCGCCGCUUUAUUUGCCAUAGUGUAUCAGGCAUAUUUGGCAUCUAAUGAUUUGAAAAGACUGACCACUAUCCUGCAAAAUUUAAAAAACUUGGAACAUCAAUACCCGGUGCAUAGGCCACGGGUCGCCAUCGGAUACGGUUCAUGCAGCGAUCUGUACGUUAAGGCAGUAAAUUUUCUGAACUUCUCCGAAAGUUUGGAGAAAUUUUUACAGCAGAAAACAUUCAACGUGGACGACAUCACCACUGAAGAAGAUUUCUUACAGAGCUUUGCUUAUUACUUUCAAAGAGGAGCCGCGGCUGAGCGUUUCACUGUCAACAAAGAACUUUUUCAAAAGUUAGUUAAUUCCGCGAAAAAAUCAUCUGCGGCUGAGCCUAGAUGGGCCCUAGGAGGAAAUGCUCCUGUCAUUGGAUCCCGAUUAGCUGCAGAGGGUGCCGAGGUGCUGCUAGGCGCAAAAAUGUCGUCUAAACUAAAGUCCCAUUUGAGGAGCGACAUAACGCUGACAGGCAGUUUAAUUACGGACGAUGAUAUUCACUUAAUUCUAGAAUAUAAAACCGGUGAUGAGUGGGGUACACUUCGAACUCCACGUGCCAAUCGGUACAUUUUACAUAAUGACCACCAUAAUCCGUUUUUAAGCUCACUGGAGGAAUUCGAGCAAGGUCUACAAGAAUUCAAUCCUCAUUUGUUUGUAGUAAGCGGUCUGCAAAUGAUGGAUAAUUACGUAUACGAACCUGGUGUCAGGGAAAAUUUACUGGAAAAAGUUAGCAAUCAAAUGCAAAGUCAAUCUAGCGAUACACUAAUACACUUUGAAAUGGCUAGCUUCGUCGAGCUGGAGUUAUUAGAAUUACUUCUCCAACAUGUUGUACCCUACAGCGAUUCAAUAGGCAUGAAUGAACAGGAACUUGAUAACCUCCGGCAAGUUUUAGAAACUGGUAAAAUCAGUUUGGUGGCCGACUGCAAUCCACGUGUUGCUCAAUCUUUAGAUCAGGCAAGAGCUGUCUUGCGCAUAUUGAACGAAGACUACUUUAAAAACCACGUAACAGACCCAAGUCGAAGAAUGCUGUCCCGAAUCCAUCUGCACACUUUAGCAUUCCAAGCUGUUCUAGUGGUUGGUGGCAGUAAAUGGAAUCAUACAAAAAAUGCAGCGGCAAAAGCAUCCCUAACUGCGCAUCGACACGUUUGUGCUAGUCAAAUUGUCAAUCCGGAUGCCGCUUACCGCCUUUUGGACGAUAGUUUUGCUUCCUCAAUGCAAGAUGGAGCCAUCCGGAUUCCGUUUAGUGAUGAGGAUCCUGUUUCUUGCUGGAAUGAAACGUUGGCAAUCAGCGAACAGCAACAUCAAUUGGACGUAGAGAUCUGCGUAGCUCCAGUGCUAAUCUGCAAGGUUGCCAAACAAACGGCAGGAGCUGGUGAUAAUAUUUCCGGAGCAGGCCUUAUUUUACAAAUCUAGUAUAUUUCCAAGGUUAUUAACGGCCUUAUUUUUGAAUACGACAUAUCGGUUUUCCGAUCGAAUAAGAAUGAUAUUCUUGAAUUUUCCAGCAAAAUUUAAUCGAUGACUGUGCUGAUCAAAUCGGAUCAGAUCGAAAAUACGAUACGAUGCACUCAAUAGUGAGAAUAUAAUCUUAAAAGUUUGUGCUUGACAUUCCAUCGUUAGAAUUAACAAAAAAGUUGAAGUAGCUUUUAGAACACCUUUGCAUUUUUUUAUAUUUUUAAAUAUAGUUGACAAUAAACAAU